UGACCUUUCCCCUCGAAGAAGCAUGGUGGGAUAGCGACGCUACUGAGACGAAAAACCUCGCACAAUUUUUCCACAUUCUGGGACGAAUUCUGCACCAACAAACCCAUUCUUUGUUUCAACAAGACGAUAGAGAGAUUUGAGACUCCAGAUGGCAAACGCUCUUGAGGACUACGUCAACAAAACGGUUUCAGUCAUUACUUCAGAUGGCCGAAUGAUAGUGGGAACACUGAAAGGGUUUGACCAGACGACUAACCUCAUCUUGGACGAGAGCCAUGAGCGAGUCUUCAGCUCAGGGCAGGGUGUGGAGCAGGUGGUGCUGGGACUGUACAUUAUCAGGGGGGACAACAUAGCCGUGGUAGGAGAAAUAGACGAUGACAUUGACACCAGAUUAGACAUGGUGAACAUCAAGGCAGAACCUCUCAACCCAGUGGUGCACUGACACUCGGGACUGCGCUAGGACCUUCAAGCAGAUGUUGGAAGGGAAGAUCCUGACAUCUUUCCAUUCCCCCAUUUUUGUUGUUGUUGAGAUGCUUCUGUUACAAAACAAGGCAGUCAGAAAAAGCUACAAGUUUCUGUGUCUGCUUUGAUCUUGACUGAACUGUACAUUCACUCUUUACACUGUUUUGAGUCAAGGAUUCAUGUAAGACAAUGGCAGUAGCCACAGAUAGUCCUGUCAUAUACUCGCUUUUGAACUCAAGUUUUGAUAAUAAUAUCCUUAUACUAUAAACUACUAGUACUUACUGCAUCUUUUGUACAAUGUAGAUAUCAGGUAGUAUUACAAAGUGUGAUCUGGGACUAUUGCAAAUUAAUCCCAUCAUAGGUUGUAUCUGUGUGUAUCCCUGGACUUUAUAUGCAAGUCAUCCUCAUGAUCUUUUGUACAUGACAAUCUGUGUUUAGCAAAUGAGAUUCUUUCAAGUGGCACCAGGCAUACAGUGUUAGUCUCACUACUAUUGUCACAAAAAAGGAAAGGGCAAAGGAUGUCCUUUCAUGCUGUCCUGUGGUAAAGCUAUCAAGAUUAGUGUCUGGAACAAGGCCUGUGAGAAGCCCUCACUCCUAUACACGAUUAUCUCACAUUCCAAAACGUGCAAAACUCUUCAAUCGAUUAUUGCACAUGUAAGUGUUUCCUGUUUGAAUUGUUCUAAAAUUGGUCAUUGCUUUAUUGUUAACUCAUACUGAACCCUUUCCGCUUUUGUUUAUCUUACCAAAGUACCUCUAGUUACUAAUUUAUGCAGUCAGUUUACUAAGCAAGUGCAUCUUAUGUUUGUUUUGAUGAUGAGGCUUCUAUUUUCAUGUUCAAUGUGUAUUACAUUUUUGUAUUUCCGAAUUUGAAGGAUAGUUUACAUGUGUAAGUAGUAGUACAUUGUGUAAGCUUUUAAGUACCCAUGGGUCAUUAAAGAAGGUUGGGGGUAGAAUUGAAGAAAUAAAGUUUUUUAAUGAAUUGU